GAGUGGUCCGAAGGGCGGCGCGCAAACAAAUGCUGUAAAAAUGCCGUCGUUGUUGGAAGCGCUGGAGCUAAAAUACGGCAGUUCAACGACAGAUUGCUCAUUGACAGACGAUGAGGCGGAGUCUGGUUCGCCCAAAGCCGCCCUGUCGGUGAGCAUCUUCAUCCCUAAGAAAUCUCCACGACAUACGGUGCCGGCGUUACUGGUACUCCAGGACUGCGACAUUGAAUCGGCAGGUAAUGACGCCGAGAAACUACGCAACAAAUGCAAAAACGUCGAGGAGCUUGACUUGGCGCAGAAUAAGCUGUCGCAAUGGACGGAAGUAUUCGGCAUCCUGCAGCACAUGCCCAAAAUCAAGUUCGUAAACUUGAGCUUCAACUGCCUCGCAGAGGUGCUGGAGAUCAAACAUGGUAAUUAUGAUCUUCUGAGAAACCUCGUGCUGAACGGCACCAGAGUGUCCUGGUCGACGGUGCAGGGACUGGUACGGCUUCUGCACAAUCUGGAAGAACUCCAUUUGUCUUUGAACGAAUAUAAAACGGUGGACUUGGAUCAUCAAAAGCAGGAAAACGUGAAUCCGGCGCUGAAAAAAUUACACUUUACCGGUAAUCCAGUGGAAGUUUGGAACGAGAUCUCGAAAUUAGGGUACCUAUUUCCGAACCUGAAAAGCCUUGUCCUCGCCGAGUGUCCAAUCAGAUCACUCGGUUUGGAGGAAAAUCAAAAUUUGCCGAGUGAGGAUGGCCGUCGAGCAAAGGAAGAAGGCCUUGGUCAGGAUAGCGAAAACAUGAAUCACUUAGAUACAGAUGAACACACUUUGUCGACAGACGAUAAGGGAAAUAGAAUAUUUGAGAGCAAGGUGAACUAUGACAGAUCCGAGUCGAAGUCAGAAUCCAAUGGAAUGACUAUCGAGUCGUCUCACGAUCCCUUUAGAAUGCUGAGGUUCCUGAAUGUAAACGGUACUCUGCUAUCCACUUGGGACGAAGUCGAAAGGCUGGCCAGGUUUCCUGCGUUAAAAUCGCUCAGGAUUCAAGGCUGCCCGCUUUUCGAAAGUCCACGAGAAUAUACAGAACACGAGAGGCGGCAGCUACUAAUAGCCCGACUGCCAAACGUCGAGACUUUGAACGGUGGCGGCGUGAUAUCGUCUCAGGAGCGCGAGGACGCCGAGAGAGCCUUCAUUCGUUAUUACAUGGACAAACCGGAAGCUGAUCGGCCCGAAAGGUAUUCCGAGCUCGUGGCUAUUCACGGAAAGUUGGACCCCUUGGUGAACGUAGAUUUGACACCGGAGAAAAGGGUCAAGGUCACGUUCACUUACGGAGAUCUCGUUGAGGUACGAUCGGUUGAUGUAUAUAGAACAGUUUUCGAAUUAAAAACUAAGUUGGAAAGUAUGGUGAAAAUUCCUGCCAACAGAAUGAGGCUUUUCUACGUUGAUCAAGAAAUGAAGGCGCAAUAUGGACCGGAGGAAAUGCUGUAUCCAAAUAAGCAGCUCUAUCGAUACAACAUUAGGAACGGCGAUGAGAUUAUCAUUGACAGUAAACUGAAUCGAUUCGCGUCAACGUCUUCGGCCACAUCUUCCAUUCGUUCCUGAAGAAGAACAACGAGUGAAUCGCGCGGUAUUGAAGAAAUCCGAUAACCCUUCGGGUUUUGAUCUCCACUUAUAGCCUCACGAUGCAAUACUCUUGCUGACGAUCGUAACAAUACUUCUUACAGAUUAACAGAGAGGCACCGUGUACGGUUUUUAAGAUAUGUUAAUAACAGCGGAUCUGAAAACCGAGAACUUUUCCAAGGAGAAUAAAUGGAUUCGAAUGGGCGAAUGUUUCCCUAUGUGGAAGUCUAGAUGUAUAGAAUUAGGGAUUCACGGAUGUUUGAUGUUACCUUAAACUACAAAUAUUUCAGAAAUAAUAGACACUAUAUGAUCAGAAAUCAUGAAUUGGCAUAAAACUUGAUAAUCUAUCAGUCUAUCUGCUAUCAGAAGCGAAAUUAUCUAACAACGUCCCGUAUUUUCUAAACGGUAUGUCUAGACAUUUUCUGAAAAUCGAAUUGCAACUGUCAAUGCAAUUUUUGAUCGCAGUACAUGAUUGUCCGAUGCGAUUAUUAGAUAAUUAUUUCUUCGCAAACUCAUCCAGACUUCGACGUAUUAACUUAAACCGUUACUAACGAACCUGGUGCAUAGAGAAUAAUUAUUGUGUCCAGUGUACAAGCGUACACGAGCUUAGAUGGGUAGUUAGCUGUCAUUUUCUUUAACAUAGUAAGUCUUGUCUGUCUUAGGAGACGAAGAGCGUAACUGGAAAACAAGAUUGUACAUAGCGAAUUUCAAUUUCCAGCCAAAUUCGAUGUAGCUGCGGCAUGAGCAGAAAAGAUUUACUCCGUUUGCUCGACGCAAAAAAAAAAAAAAAAUAGGACCAUGA